AUGUUGAGAGGCGUGCUGGUGAUGGCGACGAUCGCAGUAGCUGCGGGUGUAUGCAACAUCGCCGAGAAGAAGGAUGUGAAGAUAGGAGGGUGCCCCAAGAGGACCUACAAGUACGGAAGUUGCACGUCUCUAGACGACGCACAAGCCAAGCUUACAGCAAUGCUAACAAAGUAUCAAGAUCCGACCCCUCCUCAGAGUGACGCUGAAUGCAAAGACUUGAUAGACAAAGCAUGCGUAAUGUACGGCGGGACUGGAGAUGCUAGCAAAUGCUCGGACUACUGCACUGCCAUGUUUCCGUCCAACCGUGGUUGCACAAUGGAUGAACAGUGUAUGAUGCCAGGGUUUCAACAGCCUUUGACCUGCUGUGGCUACUACAAGUCAGUAGCCAAGGACAACUGCAAGAUUGAGACGAAGACGCUUGAUGCAUACAUUCAAAAAAUGAGGGAGAGUCAACAGUGCGGAGACUUGAACUGCGUUGCAAGAGCCUCGUCGUCUGCCAGUGUUUCCUUUGUGAUGGUUUUUCUUUCAUCGAUUGUGGGAUUGUUCGUCGCUGCCAGGAUGUAA